AUGGCGAGAGGCGGCACUAACAACAAUUCACAACCUCCUACCAUGGAAGAGAUGAUGGCCAUGAUCAAUGGCCUAAGAGAGGAGAAUGCGCGCUCCCGGGAGAGAGAAGAAGUCAUUCAACGCGAGAAUGAGGAGAUUAGGAGGAGGGCGGAUGAGAUGCAAGCCAGAAUAGCGGCUAAUACUAGGAUUGUGGAGGAGGAUGUCAUGCUGGAGGUCCCGAGAGACUUUCGGCCAUUCUCGGAAGCCAUAGAAGCUGAGAUCAUCCCUAGGGAUCAUCGAAUCCCACAAGUCGAACCUUUUGACGGAACACAGGACCCCGGCCAACACUUGACGGAUUUUCGAGCCCAAAUGUUGAUCUGUGGUGGGAGCAUGGAGGUCCGUUGCAAAUUGUUCAUGGGCACGCUCAAAAAGGCGGCGCUUGAUUGGUUUAGCGGUCUUCUUGAUCGAUCGAUCACCGACUUCGAUGUCUUCAGUCGGCUUUUCAUGGCGCAAUUCGCCGCUAACAAGAGGAAGCCGCCGAUCACAUCAGACUUGUUCGACCUCAAGCAACAACGCGAGGAGUCCCUAAAAGACUUUAUGCAAAGGUUUAAUGAGGUCGCCUUGAGGAUAGCGUCUUUGGAUGAACGGAUGGCGGUGAUCGCGUUCCAGAAGGGUUUAAGGUCCGGGGCUUUCGAUAUCGCGCUUGAAAAAGCAAAUUGUCAGACGAUGUCGGAAGUCUGGGCUUUCGCAUUGAGUCAUAUCAAGACGGAGGAGAACCAGAUUAUUAAAAGGGCAGCGGAGAACCGAGAAGCAUCGAGUAGCAAUAAGGAGGGCAACAAAUAUCUCCGGCCGCGGUCGGAUUGGAAGGCAACAGACCGCCAGUUGGGACCUCACAAAACCGAUUGGUGUGAGUUCCAUCGGACUCAUGGGCACAAGACGGAGAAUUGUUUCGUUCUCGGGAGGCAGAUCGAGCGCCUUAUCAAGGAGGGUCGAUUGAAAGAGUUUAUUGCAGGAAAGCAGGGUGAGAGCUCGUCCGACAGGCGACGUAGGCAGGAAGGAGAAGACACCGGGAGAAGAAGGCGCGAAGGGAGGUCUCCACCGAGAGACCCCCCGCAAAAAUCUGUGGAGGCGCACCAGCAGGCUAUCCAUGGAGAUUUCAACACUAUAGCAGGGGGAUUUGCAGGAGGGGGCCGACUUCGGCGUCCCGGAAGAGAUACUCUCGGUCAGUGUUCUCGGUUGCGGAGUGGACGAGACCUACUCGGCCUGAUAUCACGUUCUCGGAUGCCGACUUCGAGGGCGUGUCCCCACACGAGGAUGACCCGAUAG